GCGAAAAAAAUAACUUCUAUACAACUCUUAAGUUCUUAGUUUUUCCUAGUCUUCCGACUCGCGUUCAAUUCUGAUGGCCAGCUUCUCGCCUUCACCUGCUCCUCGUCGUUCUUCUCGUUUACGGGGUGAUGCUCGUCCGAAUUCCCCCACACGGCGUAUUAGAGUAGCCAACAGUACAUCACGCCUCAGUACGCCAAACAGGAAUGCCGAUGGUACUUCUGUAGCAUCUUUAAUGGACGUUGAUGAUGGUCGAAGUUCGGUUGGCUCAGAAAGGGGUUUUGCAAAAACUGGAGUCGAGCAUAUUUUUGCGAAGUCGGACCAGGUGAUGGUGUCAUUCCACGCGAAUCUGCCUCUUGAAGUUACACAAAUUUUGAGGAAUGCUGACUUCUAUCGCGACGUGUACUCUGGAGAGAUCGAUACUUUGACUGGAUUCGCGUUGAUUGCCUCGAUGAAGACGUGCUUUGUCUGGCAGCAUGCUAUGGCUGUCAAGGGAACUCCUACUUGCUACAUCUUUACUUGUCCUUACGAUUUCAAUCAAACGAGUCCACCUUUCCAUAGUCUAGUGCCAUGGGGUUCCAGUCGGGAACCCGGUCUCAUUCUCAUAUCAACAGCGGGUGAAAUUAGAUUAUGGGAUAGCGUCGGGAUCGGUCUUGCUGGUGGUGAUCGCUACUCGACCACGUAUCUUGAACUGGUCUCGGAAGAUAUUGUCACCGGAUUGAAACGCGUAGAUACUCAAACCUACGUCGUAUCCACUACGUCUGGCAGUCUAUACAAGCUUGUCCUGACUUCCACUGGUGGGAAAUACCAUUUGACCUCACAUCCUUUCUCAAAACCCUCGAAAUCAUUAUCGCUGUCCAGGCUGAUACCUUUCCUCUCCUCAUCUUCCUCAACAACUACAACACACGUGGUAUCGGAACCUGGUAAUAUCAGCGCUAUCUCCCUUGGACAUCAAACGAUUGAUGGAGGCCGAGAUAUUUGGGUACUGAUCAAUUCGAGAGUGCAGCGAUGGGUGAUGAAAUUAGAUGGAUGGGAAGAAUUGAUUCAGGACGAGGAUAUUGCUGAUCUUAUCCGGAACGCUGUUCGAAAGACGUUCGGCGACUCCAUCGAAAAGGUUGAUGCAAAACUGGACUUGGAGCUUGUGGAUCUUGUCGUUGAUAGCACAAGUAAACUCGUCAUUCUAGUGUCGUAUGCGGGUCCGGAGGAGGUUGAUAUGAUGGCUAUGGAUAUCACUGGCAUAAGGCGCAUCUAUUCUCUUGUGCAACUAUCACCAUCGGGCGAUUCGUUCAAGGUGGAUAAUGUCAGAAGUGUACCAUACCAAAGUACCUCCUCUUCCGGUGCUCCUAUGCACCCUCGAAUACAAUCUCUCCCUCAAGGACAGCUUGUCAGUAUCCAAUUCGGAGAUGCUGUCGUGCUCUGUGCUCGAGAACUAAAAUCUGCUACCGACCGCACGUUGGGUGUAGGUAUUAUGCAAAGCGAGAGCGUUGUGUUGGUCUUGACAGCAGGAAUCAUGAUGAAAGUGAAUGUCGACAUCGAUAAUGUCUUGACGUUUGAGCCCGAGAAUGGAAGGGCACACUUAAUCAAGUCGGUGAUGACUCAAGCCAUACUGUACGGCUCUUUGCCCAAUAAUCCUUUGCACUUCAGUUUUCCGCCUGAAGUCGACGAAGAAAGUCUUAUGCGUGCGGCAACUGAUGCUGAAAAAUUGGACGCGUCAUUCGAUCUUUGGGCGAUACACAAUAAUCUCCUCGCCACAGGCCCAACACAUAGUGUUCUCAACGAUGCUAUUUAUGCAUACAUGAAUGAGCACGAGGCUAACUAUCAUGAAGACUUUAUGCGCGCGUUCUUCAAAUUCCAUUUGAACGAUCUAGGGCUGGUCAUGGAACAGAUACCCGACGUGUGUCUCAAUGCUGCUCAACAAACUGGUAGGAAUAUCGGAGAUUUAUUACCUGAAGCGAACCGUAUUCUUUUGACCGUCUUGACGGCAGCUUUCAAACAUCGCGACCACAAUGUCAUAACUUAUGGACUUGACCUUCCUAUGAUCAAUCCUUGGACGAGCACAUCCUCUAUCAUCGACGGUAUUAUUGCUCUAUUCGACACCACGACUGGGACUUCCACUGCUGCUACAAAGGACUCUGAACUACACCACCAGGUGCCGGAGCUUGCAGAAGUCCUGUUUGCCUGUAUCUCACAGCGUGUGGAGAGGCUCGUCAUUGACGCUAAAGGCGGAGCUAUUGGCAUUGAGAGGGAGCUGUACGAGCUUCAGCGGAAGUUUGACAUGCUCCGACCGGAGGUGCUAGAAACCCUCAGGAGGAGAGGUCAUGCUCAAGCUGCUUUCACAUUGGCUGAAAAAUACCAGGAUUUCAGCUCGCUUGCUGCGUUAUGCCACAAAGAGACCAUAUACCCACCCGAGGAAAAUCCCAAUUUCGAUCGUAUCAAAGGUUAUAUCGAACGGUUCAAAGAACAAUUUACGAACGCCCUUUAUCGAUGGUACAUUCAGCAUGGCGAAAUCCGAACGAUGUUUUCUCAAGACGAGGCGUAUAGUGCCUACAUGGACAAGUUUUUCGAACGGAACCCUACGACAUCGAUAUCCUGGUUACAUGACUUGGGCAAGAAACGACACCGGGAAGCCGCAGAAGCUCUCCUGAUUGAAGCUCAGCAGACGGUAAACCUGGAGGUCAAACAUCUUGAGCUCAGUAUCGGAAAGCUUGCCAAUCUUGCAUACCUGCGCAAAACGGAAGGGACUGCAGAUGACGGUCUUUAUGAUGCUUUCCAUGAUGCUCUUGACGUUGUCAGUGUGCAUAAGGCUCUACUUGACGAAUUCACUGCCGUCGUUGCCAACAUGCGUGGAAGGCGGUCACUCGAUACUCAGGUUGAUACAUUAAUUCAAGAAAAAGCUUCGCUGUUGUCUGAAAAGCCGGAACUGACAAACAUAUUCAAAAGUCUGGUGAAAGACUUACUACAAGGCAAAUCGUUAUCGAUUGAAGAUACGGUGGACGUUUUAACUCUGAAAGACAACUUCGACUCCGUUGGAGAUUAUGCAACUGCCCUUCAUUUACUUGCCCGUUGCAAUUUACCCGAGGCUCGCAAGCAUGCCGCUUUCAGGACCGUAUGGCGGAGAAUAUACCUUCAUGACGACUGGAGCGCGAUACAAAAAACAACCGGAAUUGGCGACGCAGAACUUACUCAAAGAUUCAGAGAAACUGCGUUGUACACAACUUUUCUCGACAUUCUAUCUCAACCAGACCAGGACGAACCCGAAGGUUUCGAAACUGAUCCUGAUGUCGCGCUUGUUGUUCCGACUAUCGAAGAAAUCGCAUCACGGUGGCCAGGCAUCCCACAAGAUCAGGUUGAGAGGAUACACGAUGACUACACCAGCGAGUGCGACAAGCUUGGAGAGUUUGAACUCGAAGAAUCAUAUCCCAGAGUAAGGGAGCUCGCUGAGUAUGAGCUUUCAAUAAGGGAUUGAAUAUCAGAGGGUCAAGUCACUCGUAUCGGCUGCACUUUUCGUAGUGACCAGCUUAUGAUGUUAUUAUCGUAACUUUAAAUCAGUUUAAAUGUAACUUGGAGCAGCCCACCCUCCGAUAUCACGAUUUUUGUGUAGAUUUGAAAAGGCCUGCAGGGAAUCUCGAGUAUUUCACUCGGGCAGCGAGAACAAUAUUAGCCCAAUUUAGAGCACGCCAAAUGUUGGAGUAUUCGUCCACACGUGCGCUCUCCUGCAGCAGCCACUGCUUGUAGAAUUCUGAUAAAGCGUUCUCCUUAUCUAAAGGUGUGGAACCAGGAGGAAGGCUAGCUAAGACAGCUUCUUUGGCGGUUUCGAAUCGAGUGUUACUCUGUUGACAAGAUUAAGAGAAGACG